AGUAUGAGGCCACCUCACGCAGCGCUCCUCUUGCUCUUCAUCCUAGCGUACUUCCGCGGUGCCUACUCCAGUGGCAGCCAGAGCCGUUUCACAUCCAUAAUCAGCUUCGGCGACUCCUUCGCCGACACCGGUAAUUUGGUCAUGUGGGCUGAUCCCGUCCUUCCAGGUCUACUACUCAAGAACCUCCCCUACGGCGAGACCUUCUUCGGCCACCCCACCGGACGUGCCACCAACGGCCGCCUUGUGCUGGACUUCGUCGCCGAAGCUCUGGGUCUGCCUUCCGUGCCGCCGUACCUCGCCAAGGAGAGUAACUUCUCCACCGGAGUAAACUUCGCCGUGGUAGGAGCUCCGGCUCUGACCCUGACAUACCUGCAGGGACAGAAUUUGACUGUGAACCCUCCUAUCAAUAGUUCCCUCUAUGAUCAGCUCCUGUGGUUCCAGAAACUGAAGCCUUCGCUCUGCAAGGGACAAGGUGCUGAUUGCUUCAGGAGCUCUCUGUUUGUCAUGGGAGAGUUUGGAGCAAAUGACUACAGGAGCUUCCUUCUGUCCAACAGGACUGUGGAACAAGCCACAACUUAUGUUCCCCAAAUCGUUGACAGCAUCUCCCAAGGCCUAGAGAUACUGAUCCAGUACGGCGCCAAGUACAUCAUUGUGCCAGACAUCUUCCCACUUGGCUGCGUACCCACAGUGCUCACAAAGCUUGCUAGCCCAAACAAAGCGGAUUACUAUCGGAACGGAUGCCUGAAGAGUGCGAACAGGCUGGGGCGCUACCACAACUCUCUCCUCCGCCAGCGGAUCAAAUUGCUCCGGCACAAGUACCCCCAUGCGAAGAUCAUUGCCGCUGAAUACUACCGACCCGUCCUUGCCUUUCUAGAUAUGCCAGGGCAUUUUAGACUGAAUAGCAGCACAACCCUCCUCACCUGUUGUGGUGCUGGAGGACCUCCUUAUAACUAUGACUUCGACUCAGAGUGCGGGCGGCCGGGUGUGAUGACGUGUGCAGAUCCAUCUCAGGCCCUUCAAUGGGAUGGUUUCCACCUCACGGAGUCCGCCUACAAGGCCGUUGCCGAUGGGUGGCUCCAUGGCCUCUUGAUAUGCCUAGUCUUCCUGUGAAAUCUGGGCUCCUUCGCAAGGGCAAUAGCUCCAGUGUUGUCACAGAAGAGAGUCAUCGGGCCCGACGCAUUUGGAAUCACCCCUAGGUCGGUAAUGAACUCCUUCAUCCAGACUGCUUCCUGUGCUGCCUCCGAGGCCGCCAUGUACUCCGCUUCACAUGUAGAUCCCGCCACGACGCUUUGCUUGCA